ACUUACUUUUCAGAUACUAUAUUUGUAUUUGAGUAUUGAGUUACUUUGUCUUUUCUCUAACACAACACAAUGGCUUCAGAACAUGACGAGGCAGUUUUACGGACCAUCUUUAACCCUAACAGCCCUUUUGCAGACAUUCCUGGGUUAAACCAAGCGACGACGCUGACGGAUGAUGACAGUUCUUUUGACCCUGAGCUGCUGAAGCAGGUGAAGGAUCUGGAGCUGAAGGGUGUUUCUGCUGCUGAGUCUGGGGAUGUGGAGAAAGCCCUGCAUCACUUUAACCAGGCCAUACAGAUACUGCCACUAAGAGCUUCAGCCUACAACAACCGUGCUCAGCUCAAACGUCUACAGGGAGACACUCAAAGUGCAAUCGAGGACUUGGAACAGGCCAUCUCAUUAAGCAAGGGCGAAGGUCGUUCUGCAUGCCAGGCAUUUGUUCAGCGUGGCCUUUUACUCAGAUUGGCACACAGGAAUGAUGAAGCCAGGUCUGACUUUGAGCGUGCAGCUGCAUUGGGCAGUGAGUUUGCCCGGCAGCAGGCAGUAAUCCUGAACCCUUAUGCUGCUCUGUGCAAUCGCAUGCUCAAUGAAGUUAUCAGCAAACUACGAAACCCAGAGGUGCCAGAGACCCAGUAAAGAGACCCAAACGGUGAAUUCUAUGUAUAUUAUACAUCAGCUUUAAAUAUAUGCAUAUGGAAAAUAAAUACAUAUUACAAAGAAUGUGUAAUGUUAUUAAAUACCUGGAUAACAAAUUAUUAUUAAAAUCUAUCUGUGUUAAGCUUUGUGAA